AAAUAGUAAUAACGUAAUCAAAUAGAAUGUAAAGAAAUAAAAGGUGUUUCCUUAAUUGCAAAAUUUCUUUGCACUUCACUUUCACUGAACUUUAUCUUAACUGUAUUUGCCUUUUUCACCCCAAAAUAAUUUUGCGACUUUUUUUUCCACGUUACAAAAACAAUCUCAAAUAGAUGAGUUUUUCCACAAAUAACCGAUAGGUUCAGACAAAAUGUUUUUGUCUCAUCUCCCAAGGAGAAGCGAUCACCUCCCUUGACCUGUUGUGUAUUUUUGUUGUUAUAUUAACAGCGGUUAACUUCAUUUAACACUCGUAACACAGUUAUUCCUUAGACCUUUGUCAUUACAUUUAAUAACAAUUUCAACAAAUAUGGAAACAUUUUGAUUGUAAACGUGUUGGGAGACUUCGCUGUCCCAUCCUGUGCAUUCCACAGUGACAUUUGAUGGCGUUUUUCGACCAUGGGGCCCCUGCACAGCUGUGUGAGUUACCGUGUGUAUGUGUGUAGUUGUACAUCUUUUUGUGUGAGGCCACGUGGCACAGACGAAUACGAAAAAUAGAUGUGUCAGGAAGUGAAAAGUCAGCAAUCGGGGGGGAGCCAAUGUGGCACCUCUGCCGCCAUUCACAGACACGGACACAAUACGUAGGCCGUUGGUUGGCUUUCUUUUUCAAAUUAAAGGUGAAAUUAAAUUACUAAAGAUCAGUGGAGGUGGGAAGUAACAAACUACAAAUACUUAGUUACUGUAAUGUAAAUACAUUCUUUAGGUAGCCGUACUUUACUUGAGUAUUUGUUUUUCUAUUUUACUUUUACUCCCUCCAUUGAAAGCAGGUAUUUGACUCCAAAAUAGGUUUGUUAAUUUUUUUCAACCUCUGCGGAUGAUGACACACAAGACGUUAAAAAAAAUAAUAACUAAAGAGCGGCAAAGUCAACUGCAGUUGAGAUCUUGAUUGGCUGAUUGAGUGCGAUCUGCCAGUCUUAUAAGGCAGGAAAAAAAACAAAAAACAGUGACAGCAGCGACAUGGAGCAUUGAACUGGGAUGUGACGGCAACCUAUUCGGAGAUGCAAGAUAGUCCCCAUCAAUGGCCUAAUUUGAGAUCUUUGUUUUACAUUGUCCCCUAAAAGAAUAAUUUCUGUUGAAUUUAGUAUGCUUUGUGAGUCAACAACCUUAACAAAUCUAUGGGAACACGUUUUGAUAGCAUAAAAGGUGAGCCAAAGCUAGCCAGCUAGUUUAAAAACAACAACAUGCAACAUGAUUUUUUUAUUAUUAUUAUUAGUGCUAUGUAAGUUAAUAAAAGAGGAAAACUAGUUUGUGCACAAACUAGUUUCCCCCCCGUUGUACCACGUUAUCAAAACGGGCAAUGUAUAUAAUUGAUAUUAAAAAUGCAUUUUUACUCGUAAUUAUUUCAAAGUCCAUGUUUUUUUUUUUUCAAACAUUUCCUUAAGUACAGGAAUUGAAUCAGUAGCCCUACUUUUACCGGAGUAUUUUUCUAACACAAGUACCUGUACCUAUACUUGAGUACAGAGUCUUGAGUUUAUCCACCUCUGCUAAGCUUGUUAUGCAUAAUAAUUAUGGUCUGAUGUGAGGUGCGCCUGUAAAUAAUGUUCAUUUUCUUAACUGCCAUUAGAUAAAUCAUCAUGAUUUUAUGAAAAUAUGUGAAAGUUUAGCACAACAUAAAUACUUUAUCAUAGUAAGAGAAAUUAAAUGACGUCAUUGUACGCCUUUUUAGGGGUGGGCAAACUUUAGAUCCAGGGCCACGUUUGAAUUUUAAAACAGACAGAUGGGCCAGGUAAUAUGAAAAAAAACCCAUGUAAAACAGUUAAUUAUAAUAAAACCAUUCUUGUUAUUUGUUAUUGAUUUGAUUCACUGUAGCUGUCCCUCAGCUCAAUGAAAAGGCGAGACAUUUUCACGAGUGCUUCAAUUUAUUUGUAAAUUGGUAUUACCAGACACUGUGCACUCGUCAAACACCUUGAAAACUAAUUUGGAUGGGUGCUUCACUUCAUUUGGUUUAAAACCCAUGCAUGUGACUCUUGAAUGUGCAUGUGUUUUGGUGGGUGUGCACACUUUAUACACUCUUGAUCCUGUCAGAUGUCCCUUGUAACUUAUCUUCAUUAUAUGCAAUAUAUAAUAUCACGAUUAUAGGAAUGCAACUCACUCUGCAACAACUUGGCUUCAGUACGGGAAUCUCACAGGGUCAAGACCUGCAACACAGAACACUUGAGGGACUAAAAGUCAUGAGGGAAUUCCGAAGGAUGUCACUUUGCUUACCGAGAACAGCUGAUGGAUGACUGACUACCUUUGAGCAAGACUGCCUGUGGAUCUUACUGUGAUUAUGUAUACCGUAGGUAAACCAAAUAAAUAAAAAUAAAAAAGUAAUCAAGUGUCAGUUAAAUGUCCACCAGGAUUUGCUUAUUGGCAAUCGAUUAUUUUAGUUUAAACUAGAGCUGCACAAUAUAUCGUUUGAGCAUCGUCAUUGCAAUGUACACGAGUGGCUGUGUCCAACCUGACAGUGUAUAACUCUCCAAAUAAGAGGCUUAACAUCCUUGGUUCAAAUUGCUUGUUGCUCCCAGUUGUAGUACACUGUUUAAACUGACGUAAAACAACUAAACAACAAGCGUCAGCUAACUUAAUGCUAACAUGCACUCAUAGAUAUAAUGCAAAUUAUGUUGAAAAAUAUAAAAUAAGAUUGAUGAAAAACAAAUGUGUGAGGAAUGUGCUAAUGGCUAUACAGUACAUCCUACAGUAACAUGAAACAAAUAUUUUAACUUAAUAUUUUAACUUAUUUACCUGCUCAAUACUAUAGUACAUUUAAAUACAGGUAGACCUCAGUAUACCUACGUGCGCAACUGAGCAAAGUUCAUUUUCAACAAAAGCUAUUAUAAACUGUCCAAACAGACCAGAUAGGGAACAGCGGCAUGUUUGCUGAUUUUCACACGCCCCCCCCCCCCCCCCCCCCCCCCCCAAUAUCGCACUGCAUCCCUGUGUUGGCCAACAGCUGUUAAUAUGUGUAUUUGAGUCACUUCAUAUGAAUUUAAACUGUUUUAGUAAAUCCAGGAGGAAGUGUAACGUCGCCAUAUCUGUGAUAAUUGCCAUAAUGUUGCCUCAAUGUUUCCAUCGUAUUCCCCACAUUCACGAGGUUUUCCUUUAUCAUUAGGCUGCGUUGUUGCCCCCUCUGCCGCUAACGACAACCCUUCCCCCAUUUUAGUGUCAGGCGGCGUUGAGGAGAGACCGACUUCUUCCGCGUCGAGCAGGCUCCCGAGGAGGGCGAGUGUAUAAGCGACAUCUUGCUCGAGUAACACGAAAACGAAAUACUUAAGCAAACAUAACGUCGGCUCCAAGUUGGCUUUUAACAGCUAGCCCGGCUCGCACGCGGAUUCGGCAGCCAUGUUUUACGUCUACAAAUCUCAAGAGUGUCCAUCCGCCCGGCUCGACUAAUGGUCAGUCAUUACUUAACAACUCGUCAAGUGUCGUAGAUGUUAAGUAUAGACCAAUUCGAAGUAAAAAAUUAUAAUAAUAAUAUAUAUUUUUUUAAACCAGCAACAACUCUCUUACUUGAGUAGGCUGCCAUUACAACCUCCUCUCUACAGUGGCCUAUGCGUGAAACACACCGCUGAUAUCCCUCCGCCGAGGGCUCGCGUUUUCUCCUUAGGAGGGGGAGGGGGAUGUGUAUCAAACACGAACAGAAGAUUAAAAUUCCACCACUAAAAUCAACAUUUUCCCUCGUAUGAGCGUAUGUCUGUGCAUAUUGUACGUCCUUGGCAUUUGCGGUGGUGUUUGGCGUUGAAACUCGCCCGGCUGGCACUAGUCUGGGCCUGCGCGCGGAGGAGCACCUCGAGCGGAGGCGAGCCGGGACUGUUUUCGAGCGCCUGAAUGGAGGCAGCCUCUUCCUGGUGGAUAAACAGUGACAGCUACAGGGCAGCCACCGACACCCAGCGGCCCGGCUCCGGCUCCGGCGCUGCCCCCGCCGAAGCACGCCGAAAACAUGGCUUCACACAGGCCGCACAUCGCGCAGUUGACUUCUGAGCUCUACUUCCUAAUCGCCCGCUUUCUCGAAACCGGACCUUGCCAGGAAGCAGCCGAGACGCUGAUAAGGGAGGUGGAGGAUAAGGAGCUGCUGCCCAGGAGGUUGGACUGGACCGGGCAGGAACACCCCGGGACGUAUGAGGAUUUGGUGAAGCUGUACCGCCACAUCAGUCCUGAGCACCUGCUGCACGUGUGCUCCAGGGUGUGUCCUCUCCUGGAGCGGGACGUCCCAGCCAGCGUGCCGGGACUCACCAGCCUCCUUGGGGCGGGCCGACAGAAUCUCCUCCGCACGAGCAAGAGUUGCAAGCAUGUGGUCUGGAAGGGUUCAGCGCUGGCAGCGCUUCACUGCGGACGACCGCCAGAGCCUCCCAUCAUCUACGGGAGCCCGGCCAACAUCGUUGAAACGAGCCACGGUCGGCGGCUGAAUGGUUUUUACCGCCUGCGCCAGUUAGUGCCAACCGCAGUGUAUCAACACAUGAAGAUGCAUAAGAGAAUCCUGGGACAUCUGUCCUCAGUCUACUGCGUCACCUUCGACAGGACCGGACGACGCAUAUUCACCGGCUCUGAUGACUGCCUCGUGAAGAUCUGGAGCACAGACAACGGCUGUCUGCUAGCAACGUUGCGUGGGCACGCCGCCGAGAUCUCUGACAUGGCGGUGAGCUACGAGAACACCAUGAUUGCCGCCGGCUCGUGCGACAAGACCAUCCGCGUGUGGUGCUUGCAGACGUGCGCGCCGCUGGCCGUGCUGGAGGGCCACGCCGCAUCCAUCACUUCCUUGCAGUUUUCUCCUCUGUGUAGUGGCUCCAAGCGCUACCUGUCCUCCACGGGCGCCGACGGCACCAUCUGUUUCUGGCAGUGGGACGCACGUACACUCAAGUUCGGUCAGAGGCCUAGUAAGUUCACUGAGCGUUCCAGACCCGGCGUCCAGAUGAUGUGCUCCUCCUUCAGUGCAGGUGGGAUGUUCCUGGCGACAGGAAGCACGGAUCACAUCAUCAGGGUGUACUACUUUGGCUCAGGACAACCAGAGAAGAUCUCAGAACUGGAGUCCCAUACAGACAAAGUUGACAGCAUCCAGUUCUCACACUGCAGUGAUCGGUUUGUGAGCGGUAGCAGGGACGGCACAGCGCGCAUCUGGCAGCUGCACCCUCAAGGCUGGAGGAGCAUUCUACUGGAUAUGCAGACCAAAUUACCAGGAAAGUACAACCCCCCAGCGCUGGAAGACAAGGUGACCAAGCUGAAGGUCACCAUGGUGGCGUGGGACCGCCACGACAGCAUGGUGAUCACCGCAGCCAACAACCUGACACUGAAGGUGUGGAACUCCAUCAGCGGGAACCUGGUUCAUGUCCUGAUGGGUCAUGAGGACGAGGUGUUCGUCCUGGAGCCCCACCCCUUCGACCCCCGCAUCCUCUUCUCGGCGGGGCAUGACGGCAAUUGUAUCGUGUGGGACCUGGCCAGAGGCCUUAAGAUCCGCUCCUACUUCAACAUGAUCGAGGGUCAGGGGCAUGGGGCGUUGUUUGACUGCAAGUGUAGCCCAGACGGUCAACACUUUGCUGCCACCGACUCCCACGGUCACCUGCUCAUCUUCGGCUUCGGAUCCAGCAGCAAGUACGACAAGAUCGCCGACCAAAUGUUCUUCCACACCGACUAUCGGCCGCUGAUCCGCGAUGCCAACAACUACGUGCUGGACGAGCAGACCCAGCAGGCGCCUCACCUCAUGCCUCCUCCCUUCCUGGUGGACGUGGACGGCAACCCCCAUCCACCCCGAUACCAACGGCUGGUGCCCGGCCGGGAGGGCUGCCGGGACGAGCAGCUCAUCCCACAAAUGGGCGUAACCUCCUCAGGCUUGAACCAAGUGGUCAGCGAGCAGGCGGUGGACGGCCCUAGUCCUCUGGACACUAUGAUCCAGAGAUUACAGCAGGAGCAGGACCAGAGGCUGGGUUCCAACGAGACACCUGCUGCUGCUGUUACUGCGAGCUCCCGAGUCGGUAGAGCGUCUGUGGGUUCUCCGUCAGAGGUGCCCUCACCACCUAACGUGGGCCUCCGUCGCAGCGGGCAGAUCGAGGGCGUGCGGCAGAUGCACAGCAAUGCUCCGCGCAGCCAGAUGGCCACUGAGGGAGACCUGGUAGCAUGGAGCCGCCGGGUGCUGGUGCCUGAGCUGGAGGACGCCUCAGUCAGGAAACAGGUGAACUGGCGAGAGGCUAAAGGGGAGGAGGAGAUCAACAUUUACCAGUCGGAACGCCGGAGACGCACCAUCCACUCCCUGCCCAAGGAGAGCAGAGUUCAUCCAACUUCAGAGAGCGUGGCUGAUGAGGGGAGGCGGAGUCAGGGUAACCACGGUUACCAGACCCGAGCAGCUGUGGAGGAGACGAGCCGGCAGAGCGCCGAGGCAGCUGACGAUGAUGACAGCAUCUCGGAGGGCGAGACGGAGGUGCGGCAGAUCAACGGACACUCGUCAGAAGAGGAGAAGGAUGAGGAGCAAAAAGAGCCAUGGCCUGAUGAUCACAGCAGUUCAAGUGACUACUCAAGCGAUUACUCAGACUGGACGGCCGACGCAGGCAUCAACCUGGAGCCGCCCAAGAAAAGCGUGAAGGUGAAGAAGAAGAGCAGCAGCUCGGAAGAAGAUGGAGACAAAAAGCGAGAUCCCAAGAAAGAACGCAAGAAGGACAAAGCCGACAAGGACUGCACGCUACCAAAGAAGAAGAAGCCAAAGGAGAAGAGGAAGAGAGCAGAGUUGCAGGACCAAGGGCUAACUUUGGAGGAGUGGCUUCCCUCUUCCUGGAUCACAGACCUGCUUCCCAGGAGGUGUCCUUAUAUUCCACAGAUGGGAGACGAGUUGUACUACUUCCGUCAGGGCCACGAAGCAUAUGUGGAGAUGGCAAAACAAAAGAAGAUUUACAGCAUCAAUCCUAAGAAGCAACCCUGGCACAAGAUGGAGCUGCGGGAGCAGGAACUGAUGAAGAUUGUGGGGAUAAAAUACGAAGUGGGCUUGCCCACGUUAUGCUGCCUCAAACUGGCCUUCCUGGACCCGGACACCGGCAAACUGACUGGAGGAUCCUUCUCCAUGAAGUACCACGACAUGCCAGAUGUCAUUGACUUCCUGGUGCUGCGGCAGCAGUUUGACAACGCGAGGAAGAGACAGUGGACUAUAGGCGACAGGUUUCGCUCGGUGAUCGACGAUGCUUGGUGGUUCGGCACCAUCGAGAGUCACGAGCCGUACCAGCCGCAGUACCCCGACAGCUUGUUUCUAUGCUACAACGUCUGCUGGGAUAACGGCGACACAGAGAAGAUGAGUCCAUGGGAUAUGGAGCUCAUUCCUGAUGAGGCUUCUUUCCCUGACGAGUUGGGCACAAGUGUCCCGCUCACGGAGGAGGAGCACCGCGAUCUCCUGUACGUGCCGCUGGAUGGCGAAUGGGGAUGCCGCACGCGUGCAGACGAGUGCGAGCGCAUCAUCAAAGCCAUUGACCAGCUCUGCACACUGGACAUCGCGGCACCGUUUGCUUUCCCAGUGGACCUUCAAGCGUACCCCACCUACUGCACGGUGGUGGCUUACAUCACGGACCUCAGCACCAUACGCCAAAGGCUGGUCAACCGCUUUUACAGGCGACUGUCCUCUCUGAUGUGGGAAGUUCGUUACGUGGAGCACAACGCUCAAACGUUUAACGAGCCGGGCUCCUUCAUCGUCACCACUGCCAAGUUUGUCUCCGACCUCAUGCUGCAGUUCAUUAAGGACCAAAGUGUGACAGACCUAAUGCCACUCUACAAAACUCUGAAGAAGGCCACCUUCUCUGACUCUGAAGAUGAGGAUGAGGAGGAGGAUGAUGAGGACACGAGUACGCCAGGCACCUCCAUGCAAAACCACAAGGAGCGGCGUCCGACGAGGCGGCGUCUUCGCACACGGCCGCCCUCGUACGACCCUCAAGCGUGGCGAGGACGCUGCAAGGAGCUGCUGGACCUCAUCUUUCAGUGCGAGGACUCUGAACCCUUCAGAGAACCCGUGGACCUGCAGGAGUACCCGGAUUACCUCCAGAUCGUAGACUCACCAAUGGACUUUGGCACGGUCCUCAACACGCUGACUGCAGGCAAGUACCAGACGCCCAUCCAGCUCUGCAAGGACGGGCGCCUCAUCUUCAGCAACUCCAAAGCAUACACGCCCAGUAAGAAGUCCAGGAUCUACAGCAUGAGCCUGAGGCUGUCUGCGCUCUUCGAGGAGCACAUGAGCUCCAUCCUGGCCGACUACCAGGCCAUCCACGGCCUGACGGACAAGCUGACACGACGGACCGCCGAGCGCCAGGCCCGACACGCCACCCCGGACCAGCGACCCACGCGGCACGUCAAGAGGCGACGGCGCAGCGAGUCUCCCCCCAGCAGUCCGGCAUCCAGCCCAGAGAGGAAAAGGCGCGUCUCGUCCCGUGUGACGAGCAGGCGGGAGCCGUCGCCGCCUCCCUCGCGGCCCCCCUCCCUGAGGCAGAACCUUCCCCCGAAGCACACGCCUCCGGUGCUCAACGGGAAGACAGACACGCCGGCAGCGGGACGCACACGCAGCGCCGCAAGACACUUUGCGCUCUCGCCGCCCUCGUCGGCGUCAGCGCACAAUGCUAACACUACAGAGUCGACGCGCUCGCUGAGAACUCACAACUUUGUCUCCGCCUCCACGCCACCCGCAGUAGCCGAGAGGACGACGCCCACUCCGGCCGUGGAAGGUGGGGUGACGGGAAGCACUCGGCGGAAACCGAGGACGCCUGUGAGACGAAGAUCAGGGUCUCCUGAAAGUCCCCCUUCCCAGAGCACAGCCCACCUGAACGGCCACGGCGGUCACGUGACCGCCGGAGCGGGAAGGCGGGGCCGUAAAUCCAGAGCGGACCUUCCGGCGAGCCCUCCGCCGGACCCCGCGACUCCGGCCAGCCCGUCCAGGAGGCGCGGUCGCCCCCCGGGCAAGAAACGCGGCAGGAAGAGCAAAGCGGAUCUCGCUAGCCCCGCCCGUGAGGAAGAGCUCGACCAAUCCACAGGCGACGAGGGCGGCGCGGCGGUGACGUCGGACUCUGGCACGCCGAGGAAGAGGGGCCGACCGCGGUCCCUCAGAACUGAGGAGGUAACACCGCCACACCCGCCUCCCCCUCCUCCUCCUCCUACUUCCUUGGAGACCCCCGAACCUUCGCCACUGAGGAGGAGCAGCCGGCGAGCGCACGACGAUGUCACGUCCACGCCACGGACGCAAGGAGGCGCUCGGAAGGAUGGGCCGGCGGACCACCAGGAGGAGGAGGAGGACGAGGAGGAGGGCGAGAACGGGGCGGGGGGCUCCAUGCGUACCCGUAACCAGGGGCGACGCUCAGCCUGGUACGUGGAGGACGACUCUGAGGAGGAGCAGAGGCAGCUGCUCUUUGAGGACUCCUCCAUCACCUUCGGAACCUCCUCCAAAGGACGAGUACGCAAGCUGACAGAGAAGGCCAAGGCCAACCUGAUUGGCUGGUAGCCCGGCUAGCACACACACACACACACACACACACACAAAAAGCCCUUUUCACGCUGCCCAUCAAAGCCGGCUGUUUGCUGCUCGGUUUUCUGUGUGAACGAUACCAAUGCGGGAUUGGGAGUUGAUAAAGCUUUGGCAAAAAAUACAAUUUUCUGAAAAGACUCAAAAUUUGGGUUUUUUUUUUUUAUCCCAAACAUUUCAGAAAUACAUUUGGGGGGGUUUUCUGAAAAAAGAAUUAUACAUUUGGAUGUAUUUUUCUUUAAAAACAAAAACAAAACAAAAAUCUUGUGGGAUAAAAUUACUCCAAAUUUAAGAUUUUUCUUUUUAUCAAAACAUUUCUUAUUUUAUUGGUAUUGUUUUCAAAGCCCAAAAAAUGGAGAGCAGUGUUAUUUUCUGAAAUGUUUUGGGAUUCAAAAUAGAUACAUUUUCAAUAAUUGAGGAAAAAAAAUUAGGAUAAAAUCUUCCCCAGUCAUUUUCAUUUUUUUGUUUUGCAAAUGAAAAUAGGACUAAUUUUAAAAUUUUCUUCACUGUUAAAAUGAUUCAAAUUACAAUUAUUUAAAAAAGUUUGAAGAGAAAAGAAAAUCUGCAAAGCUAUGGAUGAAGAUAAUUUGGCAAGUUAACUGUUCAUCAAAAAUAUCAAAAAUAUGUAUUUUUAUAUUUUAUAGAUUAAAAAACUGGAGAAAAGCAAAACUUUAUGAAAAUGUUUGGAAUAAAAAUGUACACAAUUUUAAAUAUUUUGUAUAAAAAAGGAACAAAAUAAGAUUUUUUGGGGGGAGAAAAACACCCCAAAAUUUUCUACCCCAAAAUGUCACAUUUUUUGUUUUAUAAAUGAAAGAAGUUGAAAAAUCAAUUUUUUGUGUGUGUGUAAAAGUAGUAAUAUUAUUAUUAUUAUUACUAGUAGUAGUAUUACUAUUAUUAAUUACUCUUUAUUUUAUAAAUUAAAAUAAGAAGCGUAAAAAGAAAAAAAUGAGAAGAGAAUAAAAUCUGAAAAUCUGUGGAUAAAGAUUGAAGUGCUUGGUAAAAAGAAAAAUCUAACAAUUUGGCGAAAACCUUUUGUUUCUGAAAAUGUUGUUUGGAUAGAAAAAAAACUCAAACUGUUCCGAUUUUUAUUUUCUUCACGAAGAGUUCUGUUUCUCAUGCGGCAAUUUUGCAGAAACGCCGUGUGCAAGGGGCUGCACACGCUCGUUCACCCAGCUGCUGCUAAUCGAAACUGUGCCCCCCCUCCCUUCCUCCUCCUCCAAUAUUGGUCCAUGUUGGACCGCCCCCCCUUCUCUUAGUACUGUACUUGAAAGAAAAGCCGCAGGAGGAGCGCUUGCUUUAUUGAACUGUACCGACUCCGUUGGGUGGGCGGGGUCAAAGACGCCCACUUGAGUCCAGAACGUUUCCCCUGUCCCCAAACUUUGUUUUUAUACACCCUUUGCCCUCUACAUUUUUUUUUUUUUUUUUUUUUUCUAACAUUUGUACGUGAUGCUUUGCCCUCUGCUGGAAGUCUUAUGUGUUGCUGUCCAAUGAAAAGCAUGAAGCUCCAUAUAUUUAUGCCCAAAAAUUCUAAACCACACAUUUUUUUUCCCCAGCUUUUUUACCAAAAAUGUUAUGAUUUUUAUUACGAUACAAAGAAAACCCUUUGGCCAUACAAUGCUUUACAGUGGACAACAACAAUAUGGAAAUGUGUGUGUGUGAGGAUCAUGUCUAGCCAAUGAUAAUCCCAUUUUUAAUAUUUUUUUAUCCCGACAAUAUGAGUGUGUGUGUGCGUGCGUUGUCGCUGUCCAAUAAAAAGGAGGUAUUUCCAAAUUUGGUGAUUUAAAGUUUUAUCGCCACUCCUCCCAAAUUGUUUUAAUCAUGACAUUUUGUGAUUUCUGUCUUAUCAUGCAAAGAAGAUGAGAUGCAUGUUUUUCAAUGGACAACAAGACUUAUGUGUCCCUGUCCAAUGAAAUAAAUAAAUAUAUAUAUAUAUAUAUAUAUAUAUAUAUAUAUAUAUAUAUAUUUUUUUUUUUUUAAUUUAAAAAAUUUGGGGAUUUAAAAAAAACUUUUUCUCAGUAGAGUAUUUUGGGGGUGAUAAAAAGUGAGUCACCAAAUUUGGAGAAGUUUAUCCAGAAAAAGCUCACAAAAUGUGUAUAUACAGUACAUGCUUUCUAUGAGACAAGAGCAACAUGGAUGCGUGUGCUUCAAAACCAAAAUGUUGGUCAGAAGGGUUAUAUUGUGUUUUAUUGCGCGUUAACAUGGAGGGAAGAGAUGUGUAUGUCCUAACUGCAUUAGCAAUGUGCCUUUAUGUGUUUGACGUGUGCGUGCAUGUAUGUGUGUGCGAGAGAGAGAGGCAGACAAAAGUUGUGUAUUUAUUAGAUCUUGUGACUCAUAUCACGUAGCCAACGCUAUAGCCACAUGCACUUAUCCACAGCUUCUUCGCGAUGCCCUUUUGUAGAGCAUACACGCAUACACACAGUUUAAAAGCAAAUUGGGCCAAAUUGGCACGUGUCAUAUUCGCGGUCAGUGCUGGUGUGCCUUGAUGAAUCCUGUCAGGACCUUUUUAACGGGUCGUUUAGCUUUCGGGACCAGGCGAGGCUGGAUUCUCACCGAACAAAAAUGUCCAUCCUCCUCUUCCGUUGCUCCCACAUUAACGCCAUACAUGAUUUGUCAACUGUGUGUCAGGUUCAUGAUGUUUCGGACCCACUCGUACAGUGUUAAUGUGUACUUCUGAUGUUUUGAUUGACAGGCCCUGAGAGCGUGUUGAUUGAUGCAUGUUGUGGCCCAAAAUGUCACAUUACAUGAUACAAAGUGGAACCUCCAAAUUUCCAAUUUUUCUAUUUCCACAUUGGACACUAGGGCUGGUUUAUAUGGCCGAAUUCAAUUUGAAAAGCUUUCCCCACCGAAGUAGGCAUUCAUUUUUCCAGGUUGUUGUAGUAGUAUCUGAUUAACAGUUCCAAUAGAUGUGGUUUCAGCACAUUCAGCGGACACGCCCACAGCCUUAAAGUGCAGAUGCAUUUUUUUUUUCUUCACCAUGUUGAAGCCUCAUUUUAUAUAAUUGCUGAUAGUUUUGUAAUUAAAAUUUGGCAGGGUUGUUAACAACACUGGUAUGUCAAAUUCAUAAGACAGUUUUCAGUUUACAAAGACUUUAAACUUGCUAGUUGCAUUUUUGAACAACAGUCGCAAGAGAGGUCGGAAAAGUCGUGCUUUUGUAAACGAGCAUAGAAUUCAAAAUACUUAGUUUUCUUCCUUUUUUUUUUUUUCCUUUUUCAGAAAGAAUUUAAAUAUUUUCAAACAAACCGAAAAAGCUCACAAAAUGUCCUAACAUUUUCAAAAGAAAAAUCUUAAAACAUCUGGGGGAAAACAUUUUCUCAAAAAACUGUUUUGACAAAGGCAAAACCUCACAAAUGCAAGUGCAAAUACUUUCCAAAUAAACAUCUGGGGAAAAAAAUUGGAUGGCUGGAGGCAAACAAAAUUAUGUGAAUGUUUUGUGGAAGAUUAAAAGAGAAAAUUUGCUGACUUUGGAGGUUCCACUGUACAGCUGAUUAGAAAUUCUGUUUCCCUCAAAUGUGUCGCUGACCUGAUAUUAAUUCCCAUGCUACUUUAGGCUGAUUAUUAAGCAAUCAACUCAUUGCUGCUUAAGAAUGUUUUUUUUUGUUUUUUUUUUGCAGUGAGACUUACCCCGAACCCCUCCUGCUGUUUCUGCCUAAAUGUUAUGAAUGAGUCAUAUUUAUAUUUGAGCCCACCUUUGCAACCGUCCGAACACAUUUGAAAUGAUCUAAAAGGGGCCUUAAAGACAUGGAACAGUGGGGAAUUAAGUGUGUGUACGUGUGUGUGUGUGUGUGUGUGUGUGUGUGUGUGUCAUGUGAGCAUUUCCAGUUGUCCAAGAGGGCGCAGCAUGAAGGGAGAGGCUUCUGUUUCACACGUCUUUGUUAGUUUGGAUACUUUUUUAUAUGAAUCUAUUAAUAAUGAAAUCAACAUGAAAAGAAGAAGCCUCAAGCUAGAAUGUACGUAUACGUUUGUGUGUGUGUAGGCAAAGUACUGCUGUCUUGUUAGUUGAUACACACAAUAUUUUAAUGAAAUAAAACAGUUGUGUUUCUGUA